GUCCUAGGGCGGAAGUGGCCGAGAGGAACGGAGAAUGGCGGCCGAAGGCUGGAUUUGGCGCUGGGGCUGGGGCCGGCGGUGCCCGGGGAGGCCUGGGCUUCCCGGCCCCGGCCCUGGCCCCACUGCACCUCUACUUCUUCUCCUGUUGCUGGGGCCGGUUGUUGCGGAUAUAACUGACGGCAACAGUGAACACCUCAAGCGGGAGCAUUCGCUUAUCAAGCCUUACCAAGGGGUCGGUUCCAGCUCCAUGCCCCUCUGGGACUUCCAAGGCAGCACGAUACUCACGAGCCAGUACGUGCGUUUGACCCCUGAUGAGCGUAGCAAAGAGGGCUCUAUCUGGAACCACCAGCCUUGCUUCCUCAAGGACUGGGAGAUGCAUGUCCACUUUAAAGUCCAUGGUGCAGGGAAGAAGAAUCUCCAUGGAGAUGGCAUUGCCUUGUGGUACACCCGGGACCGCCUUGUGCCAGGGCCUGUGUUUGGAAGCAAAGACAAUUUCCACGGCUUAGCCAUCUUCUUGGACACGUAUCCCAACGAUGAGACCACAGAGCGUGUGUUCCCGUACAUCUCGGUGAUGGUGAACAAUGGCUCCCUGUCCUACGACCAUAGCAAAGAUGGCCGCUGGACCGAGCUGGCGGGCUGCACGGCAGACUUCCGUAACCGUGAUCACGAUACCUUCCUGGCUGUGCGCUACUCCCGGGGCCGUCUCACGGUGAUGACUGACCUAGAGGACAAGAAUGAGUGGAAGAAUUGCAUCGACAUCACAGGAGUGCGCCUGCCCACAGGCUACUACUUUGGAGCUUCAGCAGGCACUGGAGACUUGUCCGACAAUCAUGACAUCAUCUCCAUGAAGCUGUUCCAGCUGAUGGUAGAACACACUCCUGAAGAAGAGAACAUUGACUGGACCAAGAUUGAGCCCAGCGUUAAUUUCCUCAAGUCACCCAAAGACAAUGUGGAUGACCCGACUGGAAACUUCCGCAGCGGGCCCCUGACGGGGUGGCGGGUGUUCCUGCUGCUGCUCUGUGCGCUCCUGGGCAUCAUCGUGUGCGCUGUGGUGGGGGCCGUAGUGUUUCAGAAGCGGCAGGAGCGGAACAAGCGUUUCUACUGAGUGGCCGGUGCUCUGCCCGGGGGAAGGGCCUAGUUUUGGGCUCCAGCACUAAUGUGAACUUUUUUUUUUUACUGGGAUUGUAAAAGAGAAACAAGACGACCUUAUUUCUUAACCGUUUCAAAGAAAUAAUUAAAAAAGUAUUUUCGUACAUUUUGCUUCUUGCCCAGCAGGGACAGGCUGCAGGGCUAGGGAAUAGGGUUUGGCACCCCCACAGCUGGGGACAGAGGUACUUGCCUGUUGCCAGCAUCUCAGGAGCAGGAAGGAGUCUGUGCCUGGAGCUGGGCCCUGGCAGGCGGCUCUUGAACACUGGAGGGCCUCCCAACCACAUUGGGGUGGGUGCCUGAGGACGCGAGCAGUGAUUUUGUUCUGUGCAGGGUGUGUUGGUGGAGAGAGGAGGCUGACUGGGGAACCCGAGCCUUCCUGGUUGCCCUCUGAGCUUCUUCCCAAGGCAGACCCUCGAGUGAGGCUGGAGGAGCAAUUUGGUGUAGGGCUCAGAGUGCAACCAUUUGCUAAAUAAAGUGAAAUAACCAA